UGUUUGAAUCAUUAACCAGUGUGUGAUACCUUAUCAGUUCGCAACGUAAGUAACAAGGCGCCACUUCGUGUUUAUUUCUUUAAUGUACAAAAUCUGAUUCACUUCCAACUCAAAGAGUAUGGAAUAUUGUUAUACUUUUUAUUUGUUUCUUCUAUUGAUAUCGGUAGAGGAAAUGUGCGAAGGAAAGCUUUGGUGUUAUAAAUGUAAUGCAGAUUUAUCGAUGGGGCACAAAGGGGACUGCAAUGACCCGUACGCUCCAGCACCAUCAAUCGAUCUUGCCGCUUGUCCUGACAAUGAGUCACACUAUUGUCUCAAAGCUUUUGUAUAUUAUAAACAUAUUCACACUACAGUAAGAGGUUGCGUGCCAUCACGAUCUAAAAGUACUUACUGUAAUUUUGAAACAACACAUCCUGAGGCCCUUGUCACUUGUUUAUUUUGUUCUGGAAAUGGUUGCAAUCGAUCACCGCGUCUAGAAGCACCCUUGUCAACAUUACUGACAAUAGUUUCACUUUGGACACUCAUUGCUACCUUUACUUUACAUAAACUGUGACAUUAUCCGAGUUAAAUAUUUUAUCUAUCAUUAUUUUGAAGGGGAGAUAAAUAAUUCAGCAUCCUAAAUUAUAUUUAUUUGAUGCAAAGUUAUUUUUUAACUAACCAUUAAUUGUAAUUAUAAUUAUAAUUGUUCCAAAUGUCAUCGGUCAAUAAUGAAGGAAGCAAAGUAUUGACAUUUAAGGCUAGACCGGAAAGACCAUUUGACUCUGCAGGAGUUAUAAAUUGAGUGCCACAGCCCGACAAGUUUUGUGCUCAUGUUUAGUAAAGUCUAGAGACUUGAUAAGAAUAAUAAUUAUUAUUGUUAUGAUUAUAAUGACAAUAAUAAUAAUAACAAUAAUGAGAAUAAUUAAGACAGAGAUGAAUAGAUAAAGACGCUGUUAUUGUUUAAGUAACAUACAGAAACUUAAGUUAACGUAGACAACUCUCAAGUAAGCACACAAACAAACUGUAGAAGAGGUCAAAUGGUCAAGUCAAUUUGAUAAUACAUUGCAGGGUUAAAUACAUCGUGACCCUCAUAUAUAAGUCGGCUAAUUCUUACAAGCUCUGAGGACUUCUAAAUACAUAUACAUGCAUAUAUAUAAGUAUAUAUGUACAGAGACCUUAACAUCUUAUAGCCAGCUGAUGAUUAAAAUUAUUUUUUAUUUUUCUAUACUUUUAUUUAUUAUUUAUUUAUUUAUUUAUUUAUAAUUUAUAAAAAUUACGAUAGCGCAUUUAAAAAAAUGUGUUAAAAUUUUUUUGAAUAAUUAUUAUUUUUUUCAAUGAUUACGUGGAUUAAUUUACAUUAAUUAAUGGGCUUAGUCGUCCAUAUUGGCGAGGGGUGUGUGAGUGUGAGGUAGAGAGUUUAAUGGAUGCCACCGAGUAAAUGAGAAUUGUAUGGGAGUCAAGUAUAGCAGAGAGACGACGCAUGAAUUAGUAUUACGUGUCUAAUUAUUUCGAAUUAAGCGUCAGAGAUGAAUGGAUAUUUCUACUGAUUGUAUACGAAUUCAGCUGAUUACUAUUAAUUAUUUAUUAACUUUAUUGAGUUGCUAUAACUCGGUGAUUUAUUUAAUCCUUAUUGUCGUACCUUGUUAUUUAUUAAUUAGC